AUUGAUGACAACAAAAUAAAAAACUAAGUCACGCCGACCCUUUCAUCUUACGGGUAACGUUAUAUGUAUAUGACACGUUGAUUUAACUGGAUUAAGUAUUUACCAGAAAUUCAGCUUCAGCAAUGUCUUAAAGAGGAAAGAGCUACAAGGCGUACUUACUUGGAGGACAUCAAUCAGUUUCCAUUAUUAAUAACUUAAGUGAUUUCUUCAUUUCAAAUCUAGUCAGAGACAAAUGGGGUCAAAAGGCCAUGAAAGUGACGGGGGUCGUAAGCGUCAUGUAGGACAGCAUAGACUUGUAGAUGUUACUGAUCUGGAGUUUGAACUCUCGGCUCCACAUAUACCACUUCACACGACAAUCAAGCAACCAGAUUUAGAAUCCAUGGAGGAUAGCCAAAAUACAGACCACAGCCUCAAGGGAGACUACUCUAAUAUAGCGCUGCUGAUGCUAUUGUACAUUCUUCAGGGGAUUCCGCUCGGUUUAGGUGGAAGUAUACCUAUGUUACUCCAAACCCAGAAUGUCAGUUACAAAGAACAGGCUAUUUUUAGUUUUGUAUUCUGGCCGUUCAGUAUAAAACUUCUUUGGGCCCCGCUUGUGGACUCCCUCUACUUUACGUGGUUUGGUCGCCGCAAAACUUGGCUGGUGCCGAUACAAUACCUAAUUGGUCUGUUCAUGUUCGUCCUUUCAAUCCACGUAGACAAUUUGAUGGGAAAGAAUGGAAAUAUUGUCAAUAUUUACACCCUAACUUCAGUUUUCUUCAUGUUGAACUUUCUGGCAGCUACACAAGAUAUUGCAGUGGAUGGCUGGGCUCUCACAAUGCUAUCGAGACGUAAUGUGGGAUGGGCUAGUACCUGUAACACCGUAGGACAGACAGCUGGCUAUUUCCUUGGGAAUGUCCUGUUCAUGGCUCUCGAGUCACCUCACUUCUGUAACACCUACCUCCGGUCAGUCCCAUCAGAUGAAGGCAUCGUAACUCUGUCAUAUUUCCUGAGAAUGUGGGGUGUUGUGUUUGUCAUCACUACGACGCUGGUUUGGGCCCUAAAGCGCGAAGCAGAAGAUCCGGAGGCUGAUUUAGACCAAGGUGUCAUAGGAACGUAUAAACAACUAUUAAAUGUCAUCAGACUGCCCUCCGUCAUCUCGUACGCCAUCAUCAUCCUCACAGCCAAGGUUGGUUUUUCUGUUGCGGACUCAGCGACAAGUCUGAAGCUGAUAGAGGCUGGGAUGAAGAAGGAGACUCUGGCUUUGUUUGCUGUACCUAUGAUUCCUAUACAGAUUAUGUUACCUCUGAUUAUCAGCAAGUUUACCACAGGUCCUAGACCGAUGGCUGUGUUCCUGAGGGCCAUGCCAUUACGGUUGUUGUUCGGGUUGUGGUAUGCUUUUAUUGUGUGGCUGUCGUACCACGUCCAGGAAAAACCAGGGGAAUUCCCAGUCUAUUUUUAUCUUUUAUUACUAGGAAGUUACGCUCUACAUCAGGUAUCCUUAUACAGUAUGUUCGUAGCUCAAAUGGCCUUCCAUGCCAAAAUCAGUGACCCUGCCAUAGGGGGCACAUAUAUGACCCUACUCAACACCUUGGCAAACUUAGGAGGUAACUGGCCCGGAACUGUUGCUCUCUGGAUGAUUGACAGUCUCACUUGGAAAGAAUGCCAGGGUGGUUCUGGUAGCUGUGAUUCAUCUGCAGAAUCUGAGACUUGCACGGCUGGAGGAGGAAAAUGUGUGAUCACAACAGACGGCUACUACAUAGAAUCCAUUGUCUGUGUCGUGAUAGGCUUCUUAUGGCUUAUAUGGAGAAGAAGGAAGUUACAUCAAUUGGACUCCCUCCCUCAGUCGGCAUGGAAGUGUUCCUGAUCUAUCUCUUAGAUACCAUAUGUCUCUGUCACUGCCUUGUGAACAUAACUGUUUCUUGUCUGUGUAUUUUUUUUUUUAAAUACUGAAUUUUUUUUUUUUAAUUACUGAACUUCACUUCUUUACUCCUUUUUUAGCAAAGGUUUCACAGAUUUUCAUUAAUCUACGGCAAUUCUUUGGCUAAAAAAUUCCUGAAUGGGAAAGUUCUGGAGAAUUCAAGGAAAAUAUGCUGAUUUAUAUAGAUUUUUCAUUAACUCUAAUAAUGCUUUUCUAUGGAUAACUUAGUUAUUAAGGAAUUCCUUAAGUAAGAGAAUGAUUGUGAAAUUGAUAUAUAUAUAUACCUGUAGCAGUGUCCAUGCAAUGGCUGUCCAACUCUUUGUUAAAUUAUAAUCUGUACAAGUAUAUUUGUAGAUGUUAUGUCAUUGAUAUUAAAUCUAAAAUGUAUGAGGCGAUCUGAAAAAUCCAAUAAAUGAUCUUAACAUAAAACAUCUUUAUGGAAGUAAAAGACAUUAUCUGGAAAAUAUUUUAGUUUGUUUGCAUUUAUAACUGGAGAAAAUAGUACUUUAAUUACAGCAACUAUCAUGAUGAUAGCCCCUAUUCUUUAUAUAGAUGAGUAAAAAAUUCUGUGUUUGAUAAAACAGCUGUAAUUUUAUUCAAUAAUUGAAAAAUUGUAUCAUUAUUUUUCACAGUAAAAUAUUAGUAUUCAUGCAUUUUGCCAUAGUUAAUUGCAGGGUCGAAAUAGAAUACCAAUUUCACAGAAAAUUAGACUUGUUAUUUCCACUUUUCUACAAGAGGAGCAAAAAUUACGAGUCUAAUUUUAUUUAGAUCAAUUUGACAGGUGUAUGGACACUUCAACCUUCUGAUACGACUCUAUUAGGCACACCUUUUUGUAUUUUGCAGUAAGAAUAUUAGGUCUCAUUUUUUAUAUAUGUUUGAAAUUAUAUUGAUGAAUAAUAACUUUAGAGAUUUAAAAAUGGCAUAUACUGAUAUUUUUUCCAGAAACCAGCACUGCUGUUUUUGGAAUGCAUAUAUGUGGCACAAAUUUUUGCUGCAUUUGUAAAGUGACGUUAUUAAAGUUUAUAAAAGAUCAUAUACACAAUGUUAAUUUCAUGUCAGAGGUUUUGAAAUUCCGAGAAAUUUUCAUUUUACCUAACAAGUUCAUUAUUAUAAUUUAAAAUGGAAAAGGAUAUAAGAUAUCUUCUAAUGAAAUAUAAAAUGGCAAUGUUCUCACAUCAUUUCUUUAGUGAUGUCAUUAAAUUAUUGCCAGUCAUACUCUGCUAGGUGCUGCCAUACGUAUGGCCAUACCUCCCGUAAGGGAUAUUACUACACUGAUAACAGGAAUAUUAUGAAUAAACAGUUCUUUGUAUACGUGUCUAUUCUGUUGUAAUUUCAUCUUUAUUUUUGUAGCAAUUUUUAUUUUAAACAAGGAUCUUCAUAUAUAUAUAUGUUAAAACUUAUGUGGUUUUAAAGUAUACAUCUACUGAAUUAUGUUAACAUGUACAUCAUCCUUGAUACUCCAGGGGUUGUGAUCUGUCGUGACUGUAACCCCUGUGUGUGUGUGUCAAGAAUGCAACGACAUUAGAUAUAUUUCAAUUGCCCACAUCACUAACAUAAAUAUUUUGGGGAAGUGACUGCUAAUAUCAUAUAAAUUAUAAUUCAUGCUGUAUUUAAGGAAUUAAUGGAUACAUACGAUAACAGCACUUUGAAUUUUACCGUAUCUAUUCUACGAUAAGCCCAUGCCUGGUAAUAAGCCCACCCAUAUCAACUUCACUCCUAUUGUAAAUCCAAAAUCUGAGUAAAAAGAUUAUGAAUUGACCUCUUGGGCUCAUUACAGGAUACAUAUGGUAAUUUUUUUACAAAAUAAUGAAGUAAAAUAAUUUUUUUUAAAUGUAAGAAAACACUGUAACUGGUCUGCACAAUGAUAUGAAUCUUGAGUCUGUCAUAUGCUUAAUACCAAUGCUUCCAAGAUAUUAUUAAUGAACAGUACCACAUUUAUCCAGUAAUAAGAUAAACCCACCCAUAUAUGAAUUGCCUUAGAUGUAGAAUUAUGAUGUUGGAAAUGUGAACCCCUCAAGAUGGGAAAUAACUCAUACACAUUGGUAUUAUCUUACGGUUUUAUCUUCUAUACCUAAUCUAGGAUAAAUUCUCCAAUAAAAAAGUGAAACUUCUCUGUAAUAAUAUGUAUGGUUGUAUAAUGUCCACUUCAGGGAUUGCAGUUAAGUUUGUAAGCAUUUAGUAUUGUAGGUAUUGUAGAUUUGUAUACAAGUAUCAAUAUUUUUCACAUACAUGCUUUGUUCAUUUUGGAAAAAAGACUUUACAAAAAUGAUUUCUUUUUUAUCAAAUAUUAGUCUUUUUCCAAUGUUGUUACCUAUUCCAAAAAUACAUUGUAGUAUUUUUUGAUAUGUUGAAUACACCAGGCAAUCCCAGAUUUUACUCAAACUGUUUCAGGGAGAAAAUAUACUGAGAAGUAUCUAUGUUACUGUAUUUGACAUAAUAAUUGCACUUGCAAUUACAAAAACAUUCAAGGGGUUCCCCUUCAGAUCACAAGUUCAGGGAAAUGUUCCAAUGUGAAAUCUGGGUGGAAAAAAAAACUUUUUUAUCAUUUGCAUAGCUUUUAGCAAAAACAAUCCAGCGUCAUUGGUUAAAAGACUGAAAAGUUUGAGGUAAGGAACUCAAUUACAAAUGUACUCAUAUUUAUCUGCUUCCCCUGAGAAAAUGAGGGGCUCUGCUUAUGUGGACAGGUGCACUUAUUAGACCAAAUGUGGUAAUGGUGUUUUUACUUAUUUGAAUAAAAUAGGUUUGUAGUAAAUAUUUUUGUCACAGAAUAAAAUGUCUCGAAUGUUGGAUUUCAAAAUAUUCUGUGUUUUGAAAAAAUAUAUAGUUGAAUAGUUUUAAAAAGAUAUUUCCCCUUUUUCUAAGUUUCUUUUUUCACUUAAAGCAAAUAUUAUUUUUAGAAAAAGAACUAAGCUGAAUGCCUGAUGUUGCAGAAUCUGCAAAAGGAUACAGUUUUUCCAAAUUUCAUUUUUUUUUACAUAAAUCUAAAAACCUCAGGUCUGUAAAAAAAAAAAUACAUCAUUAAAUUUAUCGAAUUCUUUCAAAAAGUGUGUUGUAGAGGAUGACCUUGCAAACAUUUAUUUUUGAACUCUGAGACUUGCAACAAAUUCCCAGUAGGGCCUUGAUUUGAAGGUUUAUUGACCAGACAUUUUACUACUGAAGGUUCGCGAGACCGUGACAUUCCAACAACUUGCAUUUUAUUAUUUAAUAUAAGUGGAUUUAUUAAGACAACACUGUCUUUGCAAUAAAUUAUGUUAGAAUUUA